CACUAUUAAACAUAAAAAUUAAAAGAAUUGUUUUAACGAAAGCAUUUUAAUGCCUGUUUCACAAUCAUACCGACCCAACUAUGAAAGUAUGACAGAUAAUAAGAUUAAUGUGACCUGUUAACAGGCAGAAAAUCAAUAGUUUGAUUAACCAUUUAAAAGAAAUUCAUUCAAGAAAAAUUGAACCUGACACUUGCCCAUUAUGAGUCAAUGAGCUACUGUAGCUAGCUGUUUGCUAAACAUCUGAUGGCGCUCAUUGAAACUUAAACUUAAAGAAUUGAUCAACCUCCUAGAAUGUGUGUAAGGUCUAAUUAAUGAAUUUCUUUUUAAUUUUCCGCCUCCUGCCCAAACACUACAGGUGAGGGAGGUGUGGGUGAAGGCCAACAUUGCUAUUUUCAAAUCAAUUUAAAAGACAGUGUGUGAAGUCCUUCUUAAGUUCCACUCCAAGCUAGUUUAUUAAAUGAGGUUGCGUAAUUGAAAUUAAAGAAAUAUCUCAGCUAGUAAAGACUUUCUCUAUGUGUAAAUUGGUUGAUCAGACACAUCUGUGGCGCAGUCCAAUCAAAAGCAAUCAACUAUGCAAACAAUAAGAAAGUCAAAUGAAGAGGUUGAUAGUGAAAUCCUGUUUGUUUGUCUUCAUGUGUGUGUGUGUGCGUGUGUGUGUGAUUGAGAGAGGGGGAUGGAUGCUGGGGGAUGAGUGGGUAUGAGAGAGUAGGGGGUGAAUAGAGAGCGUGUGUGAUAUUUUUAGCUCCACAGCCCCACAUCCGUGUGUGUUUAAUCGAGUGUGUGUCUGUGUGCGUGUGUGUGCAUGUUUGGAUUGGUUUAUCCAGCGUCUCGCUCAGGGGAAGGUAAUAUGCUUGUCCGAAUGAGCUUCUUCUGUGAUAUUUGCAUUGAUGGUUUGAAACUGUGGAGAGAGCGAGAGUGAGGGUAAAAAAGGGCAAGAGACAAACUGACGGACAGAAAAAGAGAUGGAGAGAGAGAGAGAGAGGGUAGAGGGGAGGGAGGGAGAGAGAGUGGGUAGAGGGGAGGGAGGAAAGACACUGUAGGAGAGAGGAUGGAAUGAAUAAGCAAUCCUGCUUUUUCUACUCCUGGCGCUUGCAUCUCACUCUGAUCACACGCAUGCUUCCUCUCCCUUGCUUAUUUUUGUGUUGUUCUGAUCCGUACUUUGUCCUUGUUUACAUAUUCCCUCUUUUGUUUUAGUGUCCCUCCCCUUGUACCUUCCGGCGUCUUUGCCUGUAGGUCCUCCCAGUAUACGUCCUCUCCCUCCGACCUCCUCUACCCCCUAUGAUACCUCUGCUCCUCUCCCUGCCUUGUUCCAAAUGUCCUCUUAUAUUAGUCGAUGACCCUCUGAACACUCUUUCCCUUUCUAAUCACUCCUAUUCCCAUGCAUGCCCGGAAACAUAUGCAAACACACAUGCAUACACUUACAUACAGCCACACUAACACAGACACGGUUAGAGAAAAAACAUAAAACAAGAAGGAUUUUUCUUUGCAAUGGGCAACUCUGUAAAGUCGCUUAAAAUUUUCACCAAGAAGGACCAAAAGAAGAACUACAAAGCAGUGCAGUCCUCUGAGGAGGGGGGAUCUGGGGGGGCCUACCUUGAGCCGCUAGUGGCCCUGGCCCAGAACGCAGCCACUAUGCACAACGUACUGGGGCCUGCGUGCAUCUUUCUACGCAAGGGCUUCGCUGAGAGCCGGCAGGCUGACCGAGAGUUGAGGCCAGAAGAAAUGGAUGAGUUGCGUGAGGCGUUCAGGGAGUUCGACAAAGACAAAGAUGGGUUUAUCGGCUGUAAAGACCUGGGGAACUGCAUGAGAACAAUGGGCUACAUGCCAACAGAGAUGGAGCUGAUAGAACUGAGCCAGCAGAUCAACAUGAAUUUGGGAGGACAUGUUGACUUUGAGGACUUCGUUGAACUCAUGGGGCCCAAACUUCUGGCUGAAACGGCAGACAUGAUCGGGGUGAAAGAGCUGAGGGAUGCAUUCAAGGAGUUUGACACUAAUGGUGACGGCCAGAUCAGCACAGCAGAACUUCGAGAAGCGAUGAAAAAACUUUUAGGACAACAGGUCGGACACAGAGACCUGGAGGACAUCCUACGAGACAUCGACCUCAACGGAGACGGGCAUGUAGACUUUGAAGAGUUUGUGCGGAUGAUGUCUCGAUGAGUUCCUGCCAGAGAGUCGGCAUGUUAAAAACACAACAUGGCUUCUCUGUUGGUAUGGGAGAAAGAGGAGAGAGUCCAGUACAGAGUGCGGAGGGAUCUGGAACUUCUGAACUGGCGAUGAACAAGAAAACAAAAACAUAUCAACCCAGCCCUGAAACUGCCAUGCUGAAGCACAACGGCUGACGACUACAACCUGGAGCAACACUGUUGAUUAUAUGCUGCUGCUGUUUCUUAGAACAUACACAAAACCAACAGCUGCAUUUAUGACUUUUACAAAGUAUGUUUUAAAAAAAGCAUAUUUUCCUUUGGUAAUAAUAUUUUAAAUGCUGAUGUGGCUGUUGACUCAAUGACACUAUGUUGAUAACUGUAGCAAUUAAAAAUACAUGUUCAACUAGCAGCGAAACCAAUACAGCACAUUCCUCUCUAAAGCUGAGGACAUCUUAAGCACAAAUAUGAUAUAUGGCAAUAUGGAAAUAUUUCAUGUGAUCCUGUCAAAGCUGUGUUUGUGUCUUGUGCAUUACUGUUGUUUCUCUCUUAACCCUACUGUAGGUUUAUUAUGUCCUGUAAGACUACCCUGCUCAAUGCAAGCCGAUAUUUGUUCUGUAAGUAUGUGUAACGUAGCACUGAUGCAGUUCUUCUUACUUUAAUAACAUUAUGCCCAUCAUACUGUGAGAUAUAUGUAAUUGUCAGUGUGCGUAAGACUCCUUCAACUGCAAACACUCCUGUUGGAAAUUCUCUCUAGAUACAGUGAGUUGCUAAUCUUGAAUGCGAUAGGCCUUUUGAACUCCAUAUAUGUUUUAUUAAUUCUGAAUAGUACUCGGCAUGAACACACACAGAGUUUGACAGAUCAUCUACUGAUGGUAGAUGAUAAACAUGAAAGAGAGAUUCUGUUAAUUCUUUCAUUUGUAUCAGCGAGCUUUGAUAAAUGUACUCGUUUAUUUUAGGGUUUUGUGAGUCUACAGAGUCUUCAGAACAGUCCUGAAGUGAUUUUCACUUUGGUACAACUUUUACACUUUUAACUUUAAUACCUCAAAAUGAAUUGAACAAUCAACCUCUUCCAUAAACUGCCCCUAACAUAUGCUCUAAAACCAAUUUCUUUAUCCUCUUUUACCUUAAUUAUCUAUAUUUGUAAAGACGAAGCAUUCGCUGCUUUAUGAAAAAAGCCAAAGAAAGUUUACAAAAGUAUCAUUUGAGUCUUAUGCAGUGUAGUAAGUGUAUGCAGCGUGUUUUAGAAAAAUGAUCCAUUGGAUUAUAUUUUCAAAAUGGCUGCUUAAAAUGCCUCUCCUGGUUAUUGGGGCAGCUAAAUUAUUGGUUGACUGUUCAUAAAUGGACAUGGGUUUAUGCAUGCUAUAAAGUUGAGAUAUUCUUCUCAAGGGAAAUCUUACUUUGUGAUUUUACUUGUCUUAAGUGUUAAACUAUGCAUGCAAGAAAUAACUGACAUUUGUAGCAGAGUAUAUAAAAAAUAAAGGUUUUUAUUGAGCUUGAA